AUGUAUGGGCUCCUGAUGUUGACAAAGGUUCUCGGUGUACUUUUGUUAACAAUAUCUUACCACGACCAAGAGCGGCACACAGUCAGGCCCCCGUCUGCUACCCCGUUGGACUAUUCGACCAUAACUGCUGAACUGGCUAAGUCUAUUAUCACAAAGUGGCUCUCUGAGUUUGAGCACCUGCUAUCUAAGCGCAAGUACGAUAGCCUCAAACAUCUGCUCCGCGAAGAUUCCUGGCUCAGGGAUAUACUGGUCUUCUCAUGGAACCUUCGUACUAUCAAUGGCAGCGCGCGGAUUUUAGAUUUCCUCUUACAGAGUACAAAUGACAAAGAGCUGGAUUCCCUUUCUUGCGAGGUGUCGGGACAUUUCCAGCCGUCAUUGCGGAGCGUCUCUUCUGAUUUAAUCGCGUUGAGUGGAUGUUCGACUUCGAGACGACCCUGGAUAGAGGUACUGGAGCUUUUACGUCUUGUCCCUGGUUGCUCCAGUCACUGGAAAGCCUAUAUGGGAUUCGAGGAAAGUGCGUAUAGUCGUCGGUCUCUGGGUGAGUAUGGUACCGCAUUGGCUUGUCCAUGGUAUAAAAGGCGAGAGAAGGAACUGUCUAUGCCAGAAGGUCCAGUAGUUCUGCUAAUUGGUGCCGGACAGACGGGCUUAUGCAUCAGCGCGAGGCUUGGCGCUCUCGGUGUCACCAACCUUAUCAUCGAUCGAAGCGAGAAGGUUGGGUAUAGCUGGGAAAACCGUUACCGCGUAAGCGAUAUGCUCACCUAUUAG